GUCCCUGAAUUUGUGAAGAUCUUGAAUGAAAGAGCUGGUAAGGAACUUGAGCAAUGUCAGAUGAGAAAUGAUAAGCUCAUGCAAGAGAGCGAGCAGCACAGUGUGAUGUUUGAAGAAGUGAUGCAGGACAUCCAGCAGAAGACAGCAGAACUGAAAGCCAGAGAUGAAGAAGUGACUCAGAUGCGCCUUGAAAUUUCAAAGCUGAAUAAAGUAAGAGAUGUUCUCCAGAAUAAGCUGCGUGUUGCAGAGGAGCAAAAAGUCGAUGCAGGACAUGAGAGAAACACCCUGAAAAAUCAAAUAUCUGGACUGGAGAGAGAGUUGGAGGCUGCCAAAAAGCAGGCGGAGAUUGACAAGAAAGCUAUAGAUGAGCUUGUGAGGGAAAGGGAUAUGUUAAGCAAGAACUUGGUCAAGGCUACCAGUGCCACUCAGAAGCAGAUAAAUUUGGUGAAGCUCCAUGAACAGUCGAAGAAGAACUUGCAAGAAGAAAUCCAAAAUUAUAAGAAUGAAGCUCAGAAACAAAGGAAGAUUAUUUACCAAUUGGAGAAGGAGAGAGAUUGUUUCAUCAAUGAAACUAGUGAGCUCAAACAGAAGGUCCUCCAGCACCUGAAAGAUAUUGAAAUACGGGAAAUGCAGAUCUGUGACUAUGAGAAGAAAAUAGAAGAGUGUGCAAUUAAAUUAAAACAGCAACAAAACCGCUGUGAAGCUGUGAGAACAGAGAGGAACCUGUGCAGUAAAAAUCUGGUUGAAGCUAAGGAUGAGAUAGCAGAAAUUAAGAAGAAACUGAAAAUUGUGACACAUCAGGUAGAUCAGCUGAAAGAGGAGAUCACAGACAAAGAAGCAGCCCUUGUGAAAGCACAUCUAGAACAUCAGCAAACAGAGAAGGAGAAGGAAUCGUUGAAAGCUGAACUGCUUAAGAUGAAAAAACAGGCUCUAGAAACCAAACACUUUAUAGAAAAUCAGGAGGCAGAAGAGAGAAAACUCCUAAAAAUCAUUGCUGAAGCUGAUGCUGAGAGGCUGAAGCAGAAGAAGGAAUUUGACCAGGUUAUCAACGAGAGAGAUAUCCUAGGGUCCCAGCUUGUUCGGCGCAAUGAUGAAGUGGCUCUGCUCUAUGAAAAGAUAAAAAUCCAGCAGUCCAUCUUAAACAAGGGUGAAACCCAAUACCGACAGAGAAUGGAAGACAUUCGACUUCUCAAGCUGGAGAUCAAAAAACUUCGGCGUGAGAAGGGGAUACUUGGCAAGACUGUGGCUGACGUGGAGGAGCUUAGACAGGAGGUUCAUCACAUGCAGAAGGAACUAUUAAGGGAACAGACUCGGUGCAAAGUUUUGGAAGAAGAACUGGAGAAUCCUUUGAAUGUUCAUAGAUGGAGAAAAUUAGAGGCCAGUGACCCAAGUACCUAUGAGCUGAUUCAGAAAAUACAGAGACUACAGAAGCAGCUUAUCAGCAAGACAGGUGAAGUGAUAGAAAAAGAAUUGCUCCUUCAGGAAAAGGAAAAACUGUAUGUGGAAUUGAAGCAUGUCUUGGCCCGGCAGCCUGGGCCUGAAGCCGCAGAACAGUUGCAGCUCUACCGGCACACUCUCCGAGAGAAGACUAAACAGCUGAAAGUUUUGUCCUCAGAAUUGAAUAUGUAUGAAUCACAAACCCAAGAAUACAAAUAUGAAAUUGAAAGACUUGCCAACGAGCUUCUGAAUGUGAAAAAGAAAUAUCUGGCUCAGAAACGCAGGGAACAACAGGCCAGGGAGAAGGAGCGAUCCUUGACUGACAUGGAGCCUGAGUUUCCACGCCACAGGUCUGAUGUUCCUCGCUUCACUGGAGGGGGCUUUGCUCUCAGCAGACCCCUUCCCAAAGUUACAGCUUAGGAAUGGACUCAUCACAUUUACGUUCCCAGUUUCUUGCUAAACUCUAUUUGUGCUGGGUUGUUUGAGAAACUGUAAUUUUAAAAGAAAUUCAGAAUCAACUUUCCCUCUGAAAUCACUGUAUUGCCUUCAGGAAAAGGCAUUUUAUAGUAGAAUUAACAUAGUUUUGGUUUACAAGCUGCAGACCAAGUCUGCCCAUAUGAUGCCAGCAGAAGCCUGCACUGGUGUAAGUGAAUAGUGGAGACCAUGCAGAUAUUUCUCUUCAAUAC